AUGGGUUCACUUGACUUACACCCACUACAACAUAUCCGCAAGGUCCUGAUAGCGAAUCGCGGCGAAAUUGCUGUCCGUUGCAUAAAUGCCUGUCGGAAACUUGGACUUCAUGCUGUCUCAGUGUUCACCAAUGCAGAUGCAACUUCCCUGCAUGUAAAGUUGGCAGACGAAGCAAUCCUUUUACCAGGAGAGGAUAGCUCGGCGUAUACAGAUGGCGAUGCCAUAUUGGAUAUCUGCAAGCGCACAGGCGCAAAUGUCGUAUUUCCCGGAUAUGGAUUCCUUAGUGAAAACGCAGAGUUCGCUGAUACAAUUUCCUCUGCCGGCAUCGUCUUCGCCGGCCCUUCAACAGCUUCAAUAAGAGCCAUGGGCUUAAAACACGAGGCUAGAGGCAUCGCACAAACUGCCAAUGUGCCAGUCAUCCCUGGGACUCAACUCUUAGCGUCUGCUGAAGAAGCUACCAAAGCCGCAACAGAGUUGGGCUUCCCAGUCAUGCUUAAAGCUACUGGUGGCGGUGGCGGUAUGGGUCUUCAGAUCUGUAAUUCCGCAGAUGAGAUUGCGAAGACUUUUGCUAUGGUCGAGAGUCGCGCUGGCACGCUCUUCAAGAACAAGGGAGUCUUCUUGGAGAAGUACUACCCUCGUUCUCGCCACAUCGAAGUUCAAGUUGCAGGCAACGGUGAGAUUGUUGUCGCUUUUGGAGAACGCGAGUGCUCGCUACAACGGCGCCAUCAGAAAGUGGUCGAGGAGUCACCGAGCCCAUUCUUGGAGCGCCAUGCCGGACUACGCGAAAGAAUGCUUGACGCGGCCGUCAAUUACGCACUGCAGCUGAAGUACAAGAGCGUCGGUACAGUCGAGUUCCUUGUUGAUGACGAUACUGCCCAGUUCUUCUUUUUGGAAAUGAACACUCGACUACAAGUGGAGCAUGGUAUCUCUGAGUUGUGCCACGGAGUUGACUUGGUCGAGUUGAUGUUAAGACAAGCGGACUACGAACUUCAAGACCAACUUGGCAUUCCCUCUGAUGCUCUCAAGGGCCUUGGUAGACCACAGCCCGUUGGUUCAGCGAUCGAAGUUCGUGUGUAUGCUGAGAUACCGCUCUGCAACUUCGCACCCAGUCCUGGUGUUCUCCAACACGUCCAUUGGCCACGAGGCGAUGGUGUGCGAGUUGACACCUGGGUCCGAAGCGGCCAGCGCAUCACUCCUCUUUACGACCCCUUAAUCGGUAAGAUCAUGGUCCAUAGCCCCGAUGGUCGAGAAGCUGCGCGACGCAAGAUGCUUGCAGCAUUGGCGGAUACAGCACUUCAGGGGACUCAGUCCAACUUGGAGUACCUCUCGGCAAUUCUUGACUCGGAGUUAUUUGCAAGUGGGAACACCCUGACCAAUUCGCUAUCAACUUUCGAGUUUAAGAGUUGCUCAAUGCAAGUCCUUGAACCUGGUGUAUCCACCACGAUCCAGGAUUACCCAGGGCGCGUCUCUGUUGGGCACGGCGUGCCCCCCGGAGGACCCAUGGAUGAUCUUAGUGCUCGGAUGGCAAACAUUCUUGUUGGUAACGACGAAGGAGUUGAGUUAUUGGAGGUGACUCUAUCCGGGCCUAAGUUGAUGUUUCAUGAGGCUGCGAUUGUCAGUGUUUGUGGUGCCGAGCUUCCCAUCACGGUCGAUGGUAGCCCGCAGCCGCUGUGGUCCAGACUUGUGGUCAAACAGGGACAGACUUUGAGUCUUGGUAAAAUCACUGGAAGUGGUGCGCGGGCAUAUCUCGCUGUUAGAGGCGGCUUUCCCGACGUCCCAGGGUUCCUCGGCUCCAAGUCAACCGCCCCAGAGCUUGGGUUCGGUGGUUACCAAGGUCGAAAGCUUCAGACACACGAUAUACUCCCAUUAUCUCCCGAUUCCAAAGCGUGGGCAGCUGAAGCGACAAUAUUCAGCCUUCCAUCCCAUCACGUUCCCAAAUUUGGAAGCACCACCAUCUAUUGUAUCGAUGGGCCGUACGGUUCAGGCGAUAUCCUGACAGAGGAGGGAUCGAAAACGUUGUAUGAAGGUGAAUGGAGUGUCAGUCACAACAGUGGCCGAAGUGGUAUACGCUUGCAAGGACCGCGAUUGAAGUGGGCUCGAACAUCUGGAGGAGGGGGAGGAUCACAUCCGUCCAAUGUGUUCGAGUACGGGUAUCCCAAUGGCGGUGUCAACUUUACUGGAGAGUCUCCCAUCAUCUUUGCUAAUGACCGACCGGACCUUGGUGGUUUUGUCUGCCCAACCACAAUCUGCUCUGGGGAGAUGUGGAAGCUUGGUCAACUCAAACCUGGUGACACCGUUCGACUGCAAUCCGUUUCGUACGAGGAUGCUUUGAAGAUCACUCAUGAGAAAAACGCUUACCUUGAAGCUCUGGCCGCCUUCGCUAAUGGCAAGGCUGGAGAUGUAAGGGCUCUCAAUACGGCCUUCGCCGCGAGGACCCCAUCCUCCAUCCUCCAUCAGUCACCCGCAAGGGGCGUACAUCCCCAGGUGAUAUACCGUCAAGGAGGUGAUACCAGCAUAAUCGUUCAGUAUGGCAACCAGACUUCGGACUUGCGAAACACAGUCUGUGUCCAACUGCUCACUCAGCAGCUGGCAGCUGCGAAACUGCCCAGUGUGCGGGGUGAUCCCAACAUUGCCACUCUCACUGUGCGCUUUGAUCCGGCCCAUAUAGACCGUUCUAAGCUUCUCCAACAACUUCUGACCUUUGAUACAAAUAUUGGCGAUACUAGCGGCGUGAAGAUCCCUGCUCGACAGAUAAGGCUGCCUGUCUGCCUUGACCACUCUUCACUCGAGGAGUCAGCGCAACGGUAUAUGGAGAACAUCAGACCGACAGCUGCAUAUCUCCCUGACAAUGUCGAAUAUCUUCGCAAGAACAACGCUCUUGCAACGCGCCGAGACGUAUUGGACUCUCUUCUCAAAACACCAUGGUUGACUGUUGCCGUCGGUUUCUUCGUCGGAACACCUAUCUUAUUCCCUCUCGACCCAUGGCGGGUGUUGACAGGUCAGAAGUAUAACCCUAGUCGAGGCUAUACGCCCAGCGGCUCGGUAGGGUUGGGAGGAUCAACAGUCGCCAUCUAUCCUGUUGCUGCACCUGGAGGAUACCAACUCAUGGGCCGAACACUUGGUGGCUGGGAUUCUACAGGUAACCGGCCUGGCUUCUCUCCCAAAAAGCCUUGGCUGUUCAAUCAUCUGGAUCUUGUCAGUUUUUAUGAGGUGACAGAACAAGAGUACGAUAAGAUGGAGCGGGAUUUCGAGGCUGGUCAGUAUUCCUUUGACAUUAGCGAGACAGCCAUCGAUAUGGAUCAGUACAUCGCCAAAUUUGAUUCAGCAAAGAAGGACCCAGAGUAUAAAGCGUGGCGAGAGCGCCAAUCAAAAGCAGCUGAUGAGUUAGCUGCACUUGAGCAGAAGCUGUUCGAUGAAUGGACUAUCUCAAAACAAUCUGAUGGUGGUGCGGAUGAAGAUGGCGACAUUGACUCGGACGAGAUUACUGUUGUUGAGUCGCCUGUAAACGCGAAUGUCUGGAAGGUACUGGUCAAGCCUGGUGAUAUUUUGGAGACAGGACAGACUGUAGCGGUUCUUGAAGCCAUGAAGAUGGAGAUCAAUUUGGUUGUUGGUGAAGAUCAGGUUGGAGCUGAAGUUGUCAAGAUUGCUCAACCACCGGGAAGUGUUCGCUGGAAGGCAGACCUCGGCUCCCAGUGCCUCUUUGCAGGUUCUGCAAUAAGGAGUUCAAGAGACAGGAGCAUCUUGAAAGGCAUAUUCGUACACAUACACGCGAAAGACCAUAUGGGUGUCCAUGCGGCCGAACAUUUACAAGACAGGAAACAAGUAGAAUCAAACCUAGCGAUAUCGCCCAACGGGGCUGUGACAACUUCUCCCUCUAUCUCACAAGCUAGCGAUGAGAUCAAUCAUCGCAAUCCCCAGCUUCAACUCCAAGGAAGCCCUUCUGGUAUAAUGAACACAUCAGUCUCUCCUCACACAAUAUAUUCUCAGCAAGAGAUGAUGAACCGGUUUUCAAUUCAUGAUCAACCACUGGAUUACCAACAGCAGACCCCUAGCCACAUCUUUGAGCAGCCGAAAGAUCCCAUUCACAACAGCAGUGCGACCCCAGCGGGCACUUUGGGCAGUCUCGAUUUCAUGCAAUUUGAAUCAUUUAACGCGGAUAUGUUCCCAGACGAGAUGGACAUGAUCAACAGUUACCUGGGGGGAGUUCUUCCCCCUGAAGACUCACAUCAAGGAUUCACACCGGAUACAGCAAACUUCUUUACUCAAUCGUUUGUUCCCGGGCCAGUUCCUGCGCCUGCUCCCUCAAGCCAUUUGCAGCUAGAGGCACCUGGUCAUAUAGAAUUGAGCAACACACCAAAGUCGACACUACUUUUCUGCCAGAGACAACAAGUCCAACCAACUCCAGUUCGAAACAGGGCUGAACGGCUGUUAGAUACUACAGAAGAUAUUGUGGCAACAAACCCCUGGGCUGUAUCCGCUGCUGCUCAUGAAAGACUUUCCAGAGAGUUCUCGAAGCACAGCUCAGAUAUACCCCAGUCAUUUACACUUCCCAGCAGACAUGCGUUAUCUCGAUAUAUCGCAAGCUGGAUACGAGGUUAUCAUCCACAUUUACCAUUCGUCCACCUUCCAACUACGAAUCUGGAAUCCAUGUCACCUGUGCUUCUCUUAACGCUGGCAGCUACAGGGUCAUUCUAUGGAUUUGAACACCCUCAGGGGUAUGCCAUGUACUUUGUGGCCAAAGCUAUGAUCAACCAUGAGCUGGAGGAAAGACGUCGUGCGUCAAACCGCCACAUUCUCAACGGUUUCCCUCGUUUUGCAGCGCUCCCUACAAGCUCUACAGAAGUCUUUGAUCCGCCACCAAAUCACCCUGCUGCUUUAACCAAAUUCGAUAUUGAACUAUUACAAUCCUUGUUGAUUGCUGUGAUGACUAUGUCAUGGCUAGAUGGGCCACUCGCUGAGGAGGCACUUGCUAUGAGUAGCCAACUGACUGCACUCACCCGCGACAUCCUGAAACGUCUACCAGAGGAACAUGCCAAUGAUACAUGGGAGGACUGGGGCCGCGAUGAAGAGAGACGUCGCACUCUUCUCUCGGCAUAUUUCACAUUAAACAUCCAAACUAUCUGUUUCAACGUGCCGCCUCAGAUGACAGCCACAGAGUUUAGCUUCGAACUUCCUUGCUCCGAAGCUGAGUUCAACGCACCGGACUCGGAAACAUGGAAUAGUUUACGGCGAAAGGUCGAUCCACACAAGCUCAACUUUCAGUCAUGUUUUAAGCAAUUAUUGUCUGGAGAGCCGCUAGCCAAGGAGGUCUCGGCAACUGAGUUUGGCAAUUAUAUGCUUAUCCAGAGUUUGCUGAUACAAAUCUACUUUGAGCGUCAAGUGUCAUCUGCCCUGUUGUCUCCAUCACCAAGUCUGUCGGAGAGUACCAUUGCAACUUAUGCUGCUGCUCUCGGUGCCUGGCAAUCUUGCUGGGACUCAGCUAUCGAAUCUGCACCCGAUCCUUCAUCUAGGAAUUCGCCUCUACCUUUCAACUCAACUGCGAUGCUCCGACUAGCUCAUAUUCAUCUUGGUUUUGGCCUCUAUAGUCAAUGCGAGUUGCUAUCCCGAGACCCUACAGUAAAAGCUCAGGUGUUCGAACCGCAUCGGAAUCCUUUACCCCUUCGUGCUCCGCACCUCGACCAAGCUGUUCUUCAUGCUAUCUACGCUUUGAGGAUACCUGUGAGGGUCGGUAUUGCAUUCGUGGCACGUGGUCGUACAGGUCAUUGGAGUGUCCAACAUGCUAUCAGUCACUUUGGGUGCGCUCUUCUACUUACCCAUUGGCUUGAGAAUAUUUAUCAGCUAGUUCUCUCGGAUGGUGCAUCAGCUCUCAGAGAGGAGGAGAAGCGUCUGCUAUCUAUGGUCGACCGUCUAGUCGAAGAGACUCAUCUAGAGGCAUCGCUGGGCCCAAAGUCCGAUUUUCCUGGCAGGAUAAGACGUCUGGCCAUUGCAGCAGUGAAACUUUGGGCAGAAACUUGUAAAGGCAUACAGGUCUAUGAGAUUGUACAUGUCGUUGGAGAAACAUUGUCGCUAGUGGCAGGAUCACUGGAGAAACAGGUUUAG